GCUCGGCGGGGCGGGGAACGCAGUGCCGGUGCUCCCUCCGCUCCCGGUGCUCCCGCCGCUCCCGGUGCUCCGCGUCCCUCUGCCGCCCCGCGCCUCGCCGCCGACAACCCGCCACCAUGGAGGCCAUAAAGAAGAAGAUGCAGAUGCUGAAAUUGGACAAGGAGAAUGCCAUCGACCGCGCCGAGCAAGCGGAGGCUGAUAAGAAGCAGGCGGAGGAUCGCUGCAAGCAGCUGGAGGAGGAACAGCAGGGCCUGCAGAAGAAGCUGAAGGGCACUGAAGAUGAGGUGGAGAAGUACUCCGAGUCUGUCAAGGAGGCCCAGGAGAAGCUGGAGCAGGCGGAGAAGAAAGCUACAGAUGCUGAGGCUGAAGUGGCUUCCCUCAACCGCCGUAUCCAGCUGGUAGAGGAGGAGCUGGACCGCGCCCAGGAGCGUCUGGCCACUGCCCUGCAGAAGCUGGAGGAAGCUGAGAAGGCGGCUGAUGAGAGCGAGAGAGGCAUGAAGGUCAUCGAAAACAGGGCCAUGAAAGAUGAAGAGAAGAUGGAACUCCAGGAAAUGCAGCUGAAGGAGGCAAAGCACAUAGCAGAGGAGGCUGACCGCAAAUACGAGGAGGUUGCCCGCAAGCUGGUCGUUCUUGAGGGAGAGCUGGAGCGCUCAGAGGAGAGGGCAGAGGUGGCGGAGAGUAAAUGUGGUGACCUAGAGGAGGAGCUGAAAAUUGUCACCAACAACUUGAAGUCCCUGGAGGCCCAGGCUGACAAGUAUUCCACCAAGGAGGAUAAGUACGAGGAGGAAAUCAAGCUUCUAGGGGAAAAGCUGAAGGAGGCUGAGACCCGGGCCGAGUUUGCCGAGAGGUCUGUGGCGAAGCUGGAGAAAACCAUUGAUGACCUAGAAGAGCGCUCUCAGCAGGAGGCCGAGAAAAACCGUGUUCUCACUAACGAGCUGCGGGUCAUCCUUACUGAACUUAACAACUGAGCUGCCCAGAGCUCCUGGCCCCGACCCAGCCUCCCUGCCCCAUUUUGGCCAGGCUGGCUCCAGGCGGGAGCCCCUCCCCACUGGGGUGAGGCAGGGUGUGAAGCCUUGCCUUAUCCUCAUAGGGGUAACUACCCUGAUUGGGCAGGACAGGGCCCCCCUCUGGAGUUGAUCAGUUUUUUUGGGAGAGAUAUGAAGGGUUUUGGGAUGUCCUGGGAUGCCCACAUAGUGAUGGCUGUCCUCUGGCAGCAUCCUGGCUCUGCUGGGGAGGGAUGUGGUGGUUUGUAUUGCUGCCUUCCUCCCCUUGUCCCGGGAGUCAGUGGGCAGCCUCUUCCUCGUCACUCUGGUCACCCCAGAUUGUGCAGGAUGGAUCCCCUUAGAAAGAGGUCCUUGGAGGGUGCGGGGAAGGCUGGGAAAAGAGCUGGGGAUCCAGCAGCACCUGCUGCCACAAACUUGGGACAGGGAAGAGGCUAGCUGGGCAUACUGGGAGAUGGGGCUGGGUGGACAGCAGUCUUGUUCCAUCCCCAUCUCUGGGGGAAGCAGGAUGCCAUUUGGAAGUGAACACCAGAGGGAGGCUGCCUUGGCAGAAGGCUGUCUGGCAGAGCUUAUCCUUGUAGCCUUGCUAGCUCUGCUCCUUAUCUCUCUGUUGUCCUCUGCCCAUUCUCCUGGGCUGUUAAUGGGCUGCUUUCUCACUUCUUUUCUUCACGGAGCACUGCUGGGUCAUGCAGCAGGCACUGGUUCUCUGCUUCUGCUGGCCGAGGGUUUGUGCACGUGCCCGCAGCUGGCCAGUGGUGAUGCCAAAUAAUGGUACUUGCCAGCAGCACCUGUGCUGCAGAGUGCUCAGCCACGGGCAACGGGGCAACCUGGGAAGAUGGAAACGCUGAAGAGUGGUAACUGCCUUUCCCAGUGACCAGCCUGACUGGCCUGGCUUCCCUGGCAGAUUCCAGAGUGGCUGGACUCAUCCCUAUCAGAAAUGGGGCUACCUGUGUGGACUAUGCUCCGCAGGGGACACCCCGUUUGACUGGGGAUCGUUGCUGUACUGAAAUGUCCAUCUGUGUGUGUGUGUGUGUGUGCUUGGUGUGGUGUGUGUGGGUCCUGCUGCACCUGGGUACAUUUGGGUUGUGUCUGUGUGUGUGGCUGGGUGUCCCUU